CCUCAACACCGUCCCGCUCGCCGCCGCGCGCCCCCUCACUCCCACUCCACCGUCUUCCUCCCACCGACCCACUCUCUUCCUCUCUCCGACUCGCCCGUGCCACCAUUCUCGUUCGUCCGCUUCUCUCAAUUGCUAUCCUCCUCCGACGCGUCUUCGCCCCACCUCUGGAGGUGAUGCUAUGUCCGGUGUCCCUGCUUCCCCUCUUUGAUUAAUUGAUUGCUGUCAAACUAGGUUUUCAGGUCUGAUUGUUCGUUGUACAAUUCCUGCACGAAUGAGAUACGCUACUGUUUGCCAAUAGCCAGCUGAGGAUCUCUCAAUUCCUAGGGUUGAGAAAAUGGAAAGAAUGAGUGAUAUGAUCGCUAUGCCAAAUUACCAAAUUCAGUAGAUUUUAUCACAGUAGCAUCAGUUUUCAGUUCUCGAACAUAGAUUUUCUCUUACAGUUUCAUGAUGUGGGUUCAAAGGCUUUUACUGAUCGAGUUUUCUUACCCUCCUCGUCUAGGGAAGUUACGUUGCAAGUUAGCGAGAGCUCUGUAUGGAUAUUUGACUCCGGUGAAGGAAUCAUUGCCUGCUCUUCGAUCCACCGGAGCCAUGAAGCUAAUUGCAAUUGCAAGGGCAGCAGUUCAUUCCCGUGCAAGUCUCCGCAGAGUAGUUCAUGGGUUCUUGCAGGUGAGGUGUUUCCAGCACGACUUCGUUCCUAGAGAUCCUUCGGUCAAGCCCAAGAAGUACAAGUACCCAGCUUUCUAUGAUCCGUAUGGUCCCCGGCCUCCACCAUCAGAGAAGAUUGUUCAGCUUGCAGAGCAAAUUGCAGCCCUGCCGCCCGAGGAAAGACGCCAAAUUGGACCUGCUCUGGGGCUCAAGCUAAGCCAUCCGAAGCUCGAGACGAUCUCUACUGAAGGAAUGGAGCUGGGUUCAGCAGCCGGAGGAGGGGCUGGUGCAGGAGCUGCAAAGGUUGAGGAGAAGAAGGAGAAGACGGCAUUUGAUGUGAAGCUUGAGAAGUUUGAUGCAGCUGCUAAGAUUAAGGUGAUCAAGGAAGUCAGAGCUUUUACUAACUUGGGGUUGAAAGAGGCCAAAGAGUUGGUUGAGAAGGUGCCUGUUGUGCUGAAACAAGGAGUCACCAAAGAUGAAGCCAAUAGCAUAAUAGAGAAGAUUAAAGCUGCUGGUGGCUCUGCGGUCAUGGAGUGAUUAAGCUUGAGCACUUGGUUUCCAUUACACUUUAGUUUGGCUGUUUCUUUCUUUUGUGCUUGUUAGGUUGAUAUUGAAUUGUCAGAAAUAUGAGUUGAAUGACUAGCAGAUGGAAAUGGGACUCCAAUAAUAUAUUUUUGAAGUAGCUCCAACUGGAUCCUUGAUCGAUAUCAGAGCAUAGUGUAAAACUAAGCAUAGUGUAAAAGAACAGAGCAUAGUGUAAAACUAAGCCAGCUUCCUUUCAACCCACAUACAUUAGGAAAACUGCCAAGAGAGCUUCUUUCCCCCAUAUGGGAGAGCUUAUUGUUCCUACCUAAUGAACAGCUUACACGAGG